AUGCAGAAGGCUGGCAUUGGAGGACAUCAUCGCAUCAACCUUCCUGCAGAGAAACGAAUUCGGCACAUCCGUCUACUUCAAGGAGAAUCAACUCUGGACCACUGCUUCGUCAACAGCAUUGGUUCAAUUGGAGUUCCAAAAUCAGACGGUCGUGCGGACAAAGAAACAAGACACUUGCACGGCAACAGUACAAGCCUUCACCGUCUGUUUUGCGUGUCGGGAGGGUGCACUGGCAAAGGAGGAGUGUUAGAAGAUGAAAGGACCAGCAAUUGUGGCUCAAUUGAAGUGUCCGUCUACAGUGCAAUUUUUGACAUGCGACGCCAAAGGAUCAAUGCUUUGAAAUUCCACAUGACCUCAAAUGAAGUCAACUGGAAUUGUACUCUGAGCUGUGGAGUGGAGGAAGCGGAAGUUGAGAUUUCCGGAAAGCUGAUGGAACAAGCAGAUACAGUCGUAACAUGUUUGAGUCGCCGGUGGAAUCGAUGGUCAACGGAUGGAACGGAUUGGUCGAUGGCUUGCUGA